ACACGAACCCAUUUUAUAUAAAGCCAUGCAUUACUUAGAUCCCAAUGCCAAGAAUUCUCUCUUAUUUAUCCUCUCAACGGUUCAAAUAAAAUAAUCACCGGAAAAGAAAAAACACGUAUAGCGGUCAUGGAGAAUAACAAGAACGAGAAGCCACAUGUCCUGGUGAUACCAUUUCCACAGUCUGGCCACAUGCUCCCCCAUCUCGACCUCACCCACCAGCUCCUCUUCCGUGGCGCCGUGGUCACCGUCGUCGUCACCCCUAAUAACUCGACGUACGUCGACCCUCUCCGGCGACUCCACUCGCCGGAAAAUCUUAGAACCCUGAUCUUGCCCUUCCCUUCCCACCCUUUGAUUCCCUCCGGCGUCGAGAGCCUUCAGCAACUCCCGCUUCAGGCCUUGCCCCACAUGCUCGAAGCCCUCUCCGGCCUCCGGGACCCACUCUCCGACUGGCUCCGCCGUCAACCGCCGUCGGAUCUCCCCGCCGCCAUCGUCGGGAGCUCCUUUCUCAGUCCGUGGAUCAACAAACUCGCCGACGAGUUCUCUCUCAAGUCGAUCUGUUUCUUGCCCAUCAAUGCUCACUCAGUUGCCACCAUGUGGGCUCAGGAAGACAGAGGAUUCUUCGACGAUCUCGAAUCCGCCACCACCGCGAGUUACGGACUCGUCGUGAACUCGUUCUACGAGCUCGAGACUCAGUACGUUGAGACUGUGAAAGCCAAGUUCAUGACCCACCACCGAGUCUGGACAGUGGGGCCUCUGCUUCCGGUGAACUCCGGCGUCGACCGCGGAGGACGGAGCUCCGUCCCCUCGGAGAAGGUCACUGCGUGGCUCGACUCCUCCGGCGAGAACUCCGUCGUCUACGUCGGUUUCGGGAGCCAGAUCCGGCUGACGAAGCAGCAGACGGCGGCGUUGGCGGCGGCGCUUGAGAGAAGCGGCGUGAGGUUCAUCUGGGCCGUUAGAGAUGCCGCCAAGAAGAUCUCCGGCGAUUCCCAGGACGCCGACGCCGGAGAGGACGUGAUACCAGCGGGAUUUGAGGAGAGAGUGGCGGGUAAGGGGCUGGUAAUCAGGGGAUGGGCCCCACAGUCGAUGAUUCUGAAUCACCGGGCUGUCGGAUCGUAUCUGACUCACCUGGGUUGGGGGUCGGUGCUCGAAGGUUUGGUCGGAGGAGUUGUGCUACUUGCGUGGCCGAUGCAAGCCGACCAUUUCUACAACACGAAGCUGCUCGUGGACGAGCUACGCGCCGCCGUGCGCGCCGGCGAGAACAGGGAAUCUGUGCCUGACCCGGAAGAACUCGCCCGAGUCCUGGUAGAGUCGGUGAAGGAGGACCUGCCAGAGAGGUUGGAGUUCAUGAAGCUGAGGGAGAAAGGUCUUAACGCCAUUAAAGAAGGUGGGAGCUCCUACAAUAACUUGGACGACCUCGUCAGGGAGACGACUCUGUAAUUUUAAAUUAUGCCUGAGAAAUAACUUAAACGUGUCGGUUAUUUCUAUUAUCGAAAUAAUUUUGGUCAGUCUUUAUUUUUGUGUUCUGAGUUUGGUGAAUUCUUUCAAUGAAUUGCGGGCUG